CAAACUUUAUCCGCCCUGCUUUCACGCCCACUUACGCUACAUAAACACAACAACUCUUAACGAACCGCAUACUCAACCGCCAAAAUGCCUGCUUCAGAAGACAAGAGCGACGAUGGUCCCCUCAGUACCCCCGACUUUGGCGAUGCGAUUGACUCAGUCACCUUCGGUCAGAUCCUGGAGAUGGAUGAGGACGAGAAUGAUCGCGACUUCAGCCAGUCAAUCGUUUUUGGCUUCUUCGAGCAAGCAGAAGAGACCUUUGAGCAGAUGGACGACGCCUUAAAGGAAGAGGACCUCGAGACGCUGUCGUCGCUCGGUCACUUCCUCAAAGGCUCUUCGGCCACGUUGGGACUCGUCAAGGUUAGAGACAGCUGCGAAAAGAUCCAACGUUACGGCAAGAAGGAGAAUGAGGAUGGAACCCCUGAGCUUGACGAGACGCUGUGCUUGAAGCGAAUUGAGACGACGCUCAAGGACCUCAAGACGGAGUACGAGGACGCCGAGAAGCUUCUGAAGAAGUUCUUCGGCACCGAAGAAGAAGAAGAAGAAGAAGACUAAAAGCCGCCACAGAUGACUUCUGGUCAACGCCGCCGCUCCGUGUCUUAGCACCAGUCGUUCUGUCGCCCAGCAUUAGAAACGAUGGCUGUGACGACAAGAAGGAAGUGGACC